CUUGUAUCAAGGAACUUUGAUCGAAUUUUUCAAUAUCCUCCGUCCCUGCCCAAGUUAUCAAAUAGGUUCUUGGCUCAGACCAUUAACACAGGGAAGUAUGUGGAAGUUGAAUGUUGAUGACGGACGUCUUUUUUCCCGCCUCGGCGACUUUGUGAUAGCCCCUACAGCAUAUGCAUGACUAGGAAUGCCCGGGAUAUUUGCAUUUCGAUUUCGGAGGGUGGUCGUGACAACUCCCCUUUUCGAGUAAUGAAUAUGGAGGAAUUCACAUUAACAAAACAUGCGUUGCCGAUGCAUACAUAUGACCGGAUCAUAUAUGAUGAGACCCUUGUGUCCCCCAAUCCUCCGUAUGGUGACAUGGUUGGGCUUAGCAAUGAUGCUGAGGCUACUGUUGAGGCCUGCAAGUCUGCUGAUCAAGCUGUAAAUAGUUUUCCAACAGAUCGGUCGAGUGGACUGAUCCGACAGAUCCAUGAAUAUAUUAAGCCCGAGUGAAGGCAGAGAUAGGGAGGCAACCUGGUAAUUCGUCUUCCUGGAACCCUAACUUAUUUGAAGGAAUUAAGAAUGUCAUAAUGUCUGGAGCGUUUGGGUCUUCUGGUUGUAUACGGUUGUAUGAUCAGAGGUCGGGAAAGGUUGCUUGGGAGACGAAUGAGCCAGGUUCAGGACGAAGUAGUAGAUUCUGAGACUCUUUUGCCAAUGUCAGUUUUGAUGUGAAUGAACUUACUAUGUGUAAGGUAUGCUCGAAAUCUGGUGAUCUGGCUAUGGCCGAUUUGCGGAAGUUAAGUGAUGAUCCUUGGGUUUAUUUAAGAGAUUAUAAUCCUAGUUUGCGGAAUACUAGCGGAGGUAUGCUUAAUAUUGUGGUGCAUUGUUACAAAAGCAAGUUUUUGUUGGGAGAGAUGGUGGACUGGAAGUGUGGUCUAGAGUUGCACAAAAUGGUGUGGAUAAUGCCGAGAUUGUUGAAAAAUCGUUUGUUAGAAACUUUAUGGAUAAGUUGGAGGAUUCGGAAAGAGGGAUAAUUAAGAAGAUCGAAGGGGGUGGAGAACGACUUUUUGUUAUCAGCAAAGAAGUUGAAGACCUUGAGGUCUGGCAAAGCUCGGUUUUUUCAGGUACAGUUUUGGUUUCAUGAUAUCUGUGAAGGUACAAAUGGUAUUAUGUGUUUGUAUGAUACAAUAAUGGGGUGCUGGGGCAUACACCAACCAAACAAGGUGCAAAGAUUUUGUUUUCAGAUAGGCGUUUAUCAUCUUGUUGCUUAAAGGUAUGCACUAGCUUUCUUUGUAUAUUUAUCUGUACUUGAGGCUAUUCUUGCAGCAAUGUAUUUAGAGGCUCUUGUGUCAUGUGAUGUCGUUAACAGUUUUAGAAGUCAAUGAUUACUCACAAAAUAUGAACUUUAGUAACUUGCAGCUGUUGAUAUAUUUGAUGGUAAAUGUAACAUGAAUUAAAUUA